AUGCUUAGUUCCAACUAUGAGCAGCCACCCUGGUUCCUCCUGAGCUGGAGUGCCUUGUAUCUGCCGGUAAUGCUGCUGUGCUGCUUGUGUGCAGGUGAGGCUGUUGGGAAGAGCAGCUUAGUGCCUGUGCCUUACGAGCGGGUGCUGAAGGAGCCUGGCUCGCUGGGGGUCCUCGGCCUGCCUGAGGGGGUGUCGUUGAGGAAGCCCUCCGAGUACGACACCAAAACCUUAAUGAAGAUCCUGGAGCAAAGCAAUCGCCUCCGCUUCGUCGUCAAGAGGCCUCUUGAGGAGCCACCCCCUCGCGAUUCGAAGCCAUCCUUGGAACUGAACCGCACCUCGUCCGGCAACAAGUGCCUGCACAACCACACUGCCAAACCAUCCAAUCAGGAGGUGCCGUCCAGCAGCGUCAUGCUCUCCAGCUUCCUGUAUGGGAUCCCGCUUCCUGCCGAGGCCAAGCAAGAGCUGCCACCCCCCACCUCUCUCCCUGGAGCUCUGGGGAAGGAGCUCCAGAGCAGCUGGGCCCAGGCAGGGGAGAGUACCAGGCCAGCCAAGGACUGCACAGACAACGGUGACAGAUUGGGGAUCCCAGGGGAGUUUGGUCAGACCUCCCAGGGAGUGCACAUCUCCAAGCGGCUCCUGUUCUCCAUGGUGCACGAGAAAACAGAUAAAUGGGACCCGUUUAUCAUGGAAACGGAGGAUAUUAACACACUACGGGAAUGCGUGCAGAUACUAUUCAACAGCAGAUAUGCAGAGGCUCUUGGGUUGGAUCACAUGGUCCCCGUGCCAUACAGGAAGAUCGCGUGCGACCCCGAGGCAGUGGAGAUCAUCGGCAUCCCUGACAAAAUCCCCUUCAAGCGGCCCUGCACCUACGGGGUCCCCAAACUCAAACGCAUCCUGGAGGAGAGGCACGCUAUCCGCUUCGUUGUGAAACGGAUGUUCGACGAGAGGAUUUUUACAGCAGGGGGCAAGGCUUCGAAGGAGGCAGGGCUGCAGGACGCUGGCUCUCCCUUGGAAGACAUCUCUGCAGAGACUGCGCUUGACCUGGCUGUGAACACACACAAUAGCAGAUGUACCAGUUCCUGUGUCAGUCCUACACAAGACUGUGAAGCAGGGGCGUGGGGAGAAGCAGGCCCUGUAAAGAAGAUUAAAGCCGAGCCUGUGGAUGAAGACAUCAUUCAGGUCACAGUCCCUGACGUGUCCGCCUCUUCUGAAGAAGUGAGCGAGUCCGGCCCUGACCUCGUUACUCUGGAGACCAGCCGUGUUCCAGAACAGAACGCAGUUUCAGAUGAAGGAACAGGAGAUGAUCACACUCCCCCAGUUACACAGAGGACUACCGAAGAGGACCUGGGAGAGAUUAUUCUGCACCUAAGGAAGCAGGUGGAAAGCCUUUUUAAUGCCAAGUAUGCGGAGGCCCUGGGUCUCCCUGAGCCCGCCCGGGUUCCCUACUCCAAGUUCCAGACGUACCCCGAGGACCUGUCUGUGACGGGCCUCCCUGAUGGCAUGGCAUUCCGCCGGCCCAACUGCUUCGGCAUCUCCAAGCUGCGCAAGAUCCUGUCCGCCAGCGACCACGUGCGAUUCCACAUCAAGCGACCAGAGCUGCUAACUGAAGGCUUGAAGCUUGACGCUCAUCAACCCCCCAGCAACCCAGGUGUGGAACUGCACUCCAAGGACUCUGGAAUGGAUGAAUUACAAGCUGCAGCAAAGAGACCUGGGUACUCGGACAGUUUGGAAGCGAAGCUCUCCAGGAUCGACUUGGCCAACAAUCUGAGAGAGCAGGUGCAGGACCUCUUCAACAGGAAAUACGGUGAGGCUCUGGGUAUUAAGUACCCGGUUCAGGUCCCCUACAAGCGGAUAAAGAGCAACCCGGGCUCGGUGAUCAUCGAGGGCCUGCCCCCUGGGAUCCCCUUCAGGAAACCCUGUACCUUCGGCUCCCAGAACCUGGAGCGAAUCCUGUCUGUCGCUGACAAGAUCCACUUCACCAUCACCAGGCCUUUCCAAGGACUUAUCCCAAAACCCGCUCCGAGGAGAAUCACCUUGUUAAAAAAGGCCUACGCUUCCAUAAGCGAAGAUGAAGAGGUAAACCGGAUGGGAGAGAAGGUGAUUCUGCGUGAGCAGGUGAAGGAGCUCUUCAAUGAAAGAUACGGUGAGGCUCUAGGACUGGACCGGCCAGUCUUGGUUCCCUACAAGCUGAUCCGGGGCAGUCCUGACUCCAUUGAGGUGUCAGGACUGCCAGAGGAGAUCCCCUUCCGGAACCCCAACACGUAUGACAUCACCCGUCUGGAGAAGAUCCUGCAACACAGGGAGCAGGUCAAGAUGCUCGUCAAGAUCCAGCUACAGCCUUUUGCAGAAAUUUGCACACAAGCACCCAAAACAGCGAAUGAAGGCUCGGCCCACAAGCGUAAACGGAAGAGGCUUCCAGGUGGAGGCAAUGUGCCCGCUUCCUCGGGGGUGGAGUCAAGCACGGCAGCCAAUCAGAUUCCUGUGAUGCAGUGGCCCAUGUAUAUGCUGGACUAUAGUGGAGUGAAUGCCCAGGUGCCUGGGCAAGUGAAAUACUAGAAGCCCAACACAGGGCAGCAUAUUAACACAAGGACAAUUGAGAAGUAUUUAUGAAUAGCAAUAUAUAACAUAUUGCUGAUGGAUGUCUGUGCCACCGAAUAGCACCAUGGAUCCGGGGACUUACUGCAACAUGUUAACCAAUCAGAACAAAGCUACAGCUGCAUGCUUCGCCAGGCUGGGAGACAGUGAGGGCCGGACGGGAAAGCAAUAGGUUUCAUUGUCUCUUACUUUACAUCCACAAUGUCAGAACACUUCGAUUCUUGGGUAAAGUGACCAGUACGUUUUCAGUAGACAUGCCUUCUUCGUGUUAUGAGUUUUUAGUAACCCAUUCAAAUGUAGGAAUAUCGAACGGUAUCUGUAUUUGAAAGACUGGUUCAACAGCAAGUCAAAUUAAUAAUAAGCCUUACCAACAAACAAAUCCAUAGAUACUGUUUUGAUAUCUAUUUUGUGAUAGGGGUGUGUGUGGAAUUUGAAAUUCCAGGAAGAAGCAGCCCAUGAGAAUGUGAUGCACAUUGCAGCUCCAGACUAGUAUAAAAUGAAUAAUUAUUAUUUCUUAAUUAUGUUAAGAAUCAUUUUCUUAAAUAAAUUUGCUACACCCAGACUACAGUGUGUGUAUCGGGGCCCUGUGGCUGUAUAUGCCUAUGUUAAACAGUUUCCCCUUUUAGUGGUGGUACAUUAUGUAUAGAAUUAGGUGUGAAUACCACCUAGUAUUACCGGUACACCUACUGUAGAUGGGAAGAGGUGGUAAAUAAGAGUGGUUUUAUUUCUGAAGUGUAAAAACACCACUACGUGCACAGCUGAGCUCACAACACUGAUGAAAGCAUUGGCUGGCAUUGUGGUCUGCUUGAGUUACUUUUGCUGGUUUUACCUCUGGAUUGAUUUCAAGGCCAGUAGUCUGGGAGUUAACUAAUACCAAAGCUCUGGCACUGGUGUGCAGACAUGACAAAGUCAUUACACUGCCACUCAAACACAUACUGUUACUCAUCGACUGUGGAGGGCAGCUGCUGCAUCGAAGCACAUCGAUGCUGAACUGGUCAAGUCUGUAAUAACUGGAGAAAUUCUAGUGAGUGAUAGGAAAUUUGCCAGGGAGGGUGGGCGCUAGAGCUCUGAUUUUUAAUAACUAUGAAUUACUACAAUAAUGAAUGUACUCGCGUACACACACAGUCUUCACUCCCAAUUUAAAGACAUUACAUCUCACUGUAGAUGACUGGACGAAAUUGUCAGCAAUCUUAUUUACAUCUAGAUCUAUCUAGUAGCAGAGUUCCGAUAAAUAUACCCACGUGCUGCUACAACUGUUUAAAUAAUGUAGCUGUCAUUAUUCUUUUCAUUGUUUCAUUGAUUACAUCCUGAACACUUCUUUACGCUUUAGAACUUAAAAGUCUGUUUCAAAGCUCUUUUCAAAAUGUCCGCUCUAGUGCACUGGGGUUUGAGAGGAGCGAUUUAAAAA